AAUGUUUCCCAUUAAACUGAAUUUUACCCGAAUUAUAUCCUGAAUAACAUAUACAGACAAAGAAUACUCUUCAUAAAGUCAGACACAGAGCUAUAUAGCUAGCUAGCUAGAGACAGAGCUGUAUUGGUUACAGCAGCAAUUUCUUUCUGAUAGAGUCGACUUUCACCAAGGUUAAGUUAGUGUCAGAUGGGGGUGGCCUAUCCAUAUAGGCUAUUGUCAGCCUUCCCCUCCGUUCAGAGGAUUGUUAUUCACACUGUUGCAGGCUGUGAGUCCUUUGUUAACAUAGUAGGCUAAGGGUAGCUAUUAGAAUGCUAUCACACGGGCUAGAAACCUUCACAAUCACACUUCUUUCCACUUUCUUCAAUCCACUUCCGUUCUUUGUGACGUCAUUGUUUUACUGAGCAAGUACAAUGGUAUCCGAAUUACCCACUUUCUGGGUAAUAGAUGGCGCAUCUCUUCUAGGAAGAGCGGCCUGGAAUCGAGUAGUAUAAGAAGAGAUGCAUCCAUUCACAGAUCCAUUCUUUACAACCUUAUGCAUGCAAUAGAGUGAUAGAGUGCAGCAUGUAUUGGAGUGUGUUUGUCACCGUCCUGCUUGCCUUUUCCUUCAAGGCUACUAAUGGUCAGGUCAAGGACAUACUGAUUGGUACACUCCCCAACUUCCAACACGGCAUAGAAGGGCAGCUGUAUCUAAGGGAUACAAAAACACUUGUCAUUGAGAACUUCUCCUAUGAUGGACUCGGAGUAGACACCUUUCUUUACUACUUCAAGCCUGGCCAGCAGGCUGUGCACGGUCAAGGGAUCGUCAUUCCUGUGCCGGGUGGAAACCCUGCUGAUGGUAGCUUUGUGAGAGGACGUCGCUAUAGUAGAGAGCAGUUGGUGAUUGAUUUGCCCGAGGGCACAGAUGCGUGUGACAUUGGGGAGCUGACCAUUUGGUGUCGACCGUUUGGAACAUACUUUUCAUCCAUCACGCUUAAUCAUGACAUUUUAUUUGAGGAGCGUGCAGGACCCGAUGAAGAAUGUCUCAUCAAGUUCCUUCCACUGAUAAGCCAUCAGUUGAGACUACUACUAAAGAAGAAGCUGUCACUACUGAAGGUCCCUGCGAUCAGUUGAACUGCCCUUCUUACACUACUUGUGAGAUGAUUCCAGGUGUAGGUACAAAUUCAUCUAUAUCCAUGUUUCCUUUCUGCCUUCCGUCCUGUGAGCUGGAGAAUGGUGGAUGUGCUGAAGACGAGAUCUGUUCUCUUGUGGAACAACUUUGCCCUUCUAAUGGGCCUUGUCAAACUACUGUGCAGUGCUCUCCUGCAGGUCCCUGUGAUCAGUUGAACUGCCCUUCUUACACUACUUGUGAGAUGAUUCCAGGUGUAGGUACAAAUUCAUCUAUAUCCAUGUUUCCUUUCUGCCUCCCGUCCUGUGAGUUGGAGAAUGGUGGAUGUGCUGAGGACGAGGUCUGUUCUCUUGUGGAACAACUUUGCCCUUCUAAUGGACCUUGUCCAACUACUGUGCAGUGCUCUCCUGCAGGUAAUCGCUUGUUAAUAGA